GGCUGGUGCUCUAAUUAGAGCUCUCCAGCAGCUCUGGUCAUGAAAUGCAAGUAUGUCACCGUGACUUGAAAUUGGAGAACACAUUACUGGAUGGAAGCCCAGCUCCUAGGCUGAAGAUUUGUGAUUUUGGGUAUUCCAAGCAUUCGGUGCUGCAUUCACAACCAAAGUCAACUGUCGGAACCCCUGCAUAUAUAGCCCCGGAAGUUUUACUAAAGAAAGAGUACGAUGGCAAGAUAGCGGAUGUGUGGUCUUGCGGUGUGUUAAAACCUAUCACCUACUUCACCCACUUAAACCUACUCCACUAAACCUAACCCACUACA